AUGAGGGAUGAGGACAUCAGUGAGGGCUUAGAGAGGAGCAUUCCCCUAGAGACUCUAUUGUCCCAAGAUCCAAGCUAUCUCCUAAGGAUACUCUGUGCUCCAGUGUUCCAGAGCCAGCCAACGACCCUGCAGAAUGAGGAAGGAUCACCACCUGGGAGUGCCAGCAACCAUGACAAAGAGAUCUUCUGGACACCAAGCAUUAGCUCUCAUGUAAGCCAGGCCUCUGGGACAGAAUCAGAGGGAUACUCCUAUGAAAACUUCAAAGGCUAUACUUUCAGCAACCCCUUACACCUAAUUGUAUCAUAUGACUGGCUGAUACUGCAGGGCCCCACCCAGCCUGUGUUCGAGGGUGACUCUCUGAUCCUUCACUGCCUGGCAUGGGGGAAUUUGCCUCUGUCCCAGGUCACCUUCUAUCGAGAUGGGUCAGCCUUAGGUCCUCCAGGGCCUGACAUGGUGUUCUCAAUCAGUUCGGUUCAUACAGUGGACAGCGGACACUAUCACUGCACUGGCAUCUUCGAGAGUCCUGGCCCUGGAGUCAAGAAGGCAGCUGCUGUGGUCCUUAGAGUACAAGAGCUGUUUCCCACUCCAAUAAUUAUAGCAACCCCCUCCACAAAGCCUCAAGAGGGGAGCCAGAUGACCUUGAGCUGUGAAACAAAGCUGAGCCCCCAGAGAUCAAACUCCUUGCUUCACUUCUCCUUCUACAAAGAUGGCAGGAUGGUUCAAAGCAAAGACAGAUCUCCAAUAUAUAAACUCUUAAAAGUGCAGCUGGGAGACUCUGGCUCAUACUGGUGUGAGGCAGUCAUGGAAGAUGGCCAGAUCCGGAAACAGAGUCUCAGGCUUGAAGUUCAGGUGCAGAAUUUUUCCUCAAAAAGUCCUCCCAGAGCAUCAGCUUCGACUACUUCAGAUCCAACUCCUGAAAAACCAUCAACUCCAAAACCAGCUCCUUCAGAUCACUUGAGGCCUCCUCAGUCUAGAUCCCCUUCUUCCGGGAGCCAGCCUUUUGAGGGUCCAUGUCCAGAUCCUCCCCUAAGGAAACAAGAUCCCUACCUGAGCUACCAGAUGCACAUUCUGCUCAGUCACAUGCAAAAUGUAAGAACCCUGAUAGGCCACCUAGUUCUAGAACUCAGGGACCUCUCUGGUCGCCUUGAAUCCAAGGCUUCUGGAGUUAAGGGGUCAACCCCCAAAGCCCAUAAAAUUCCAGAAACUUCUAGAGGUCCUCAGAGGAAAUAA